AUGUCGGCUGCCGCUGAGAAGAAAAAAGAGGAACCGACUAAGGUGGAGGAACCGGAAGGAGAGGUUGAGAUUGAUAAGGAGUCAUUGAGUGCGAUCGAGCGGGAGGAGCUUGAGUUCCGCAAGGACACGGAGAUUCAAAGGAUCUUAAAUGCCUUCAAACUCGACGCAUAUGCUGUCCUGGACCUCCAGCCGGGUGUUCCUGAGUCUGACAUCAAGAUGCAAUACCGAAAAAAGUCGCUACUGAUCCACCCUGACAAGACCAAAAAUCCACAAGCGCCAGACGCUUUUGACCGUCUUAAGAAAGCGCAGAACGAAUUGAUGGAGGAAAAGACCCGGGUUAGGCUCGACGAAGCUAUUGCCGACGCUAGGAUGCUAUUGAUCAGAGAGCGAAAGUGGACUGUGGAUCACCCCGACCUACAAUCCGAGGCCUUUAAGAAGGACUGGAGAGAGAAAACAAAGGAGGUCCUUAUCGAUAAUGAACUAAGGAAACGAAAGCAGAUGAAGGCACAGAUGGCUGAGGAGGGUCGAGAACAGCGGAAGGCCGACGCAGAGAUCGAGGCGAGGAAGCGGAAGCGGGAGAACGAGCAGGCAUGGGAAGAUACCAGAGACCAGAGAAUUAGCUCAUGGCGAGAUUUCCAGAAGGGCAAACAACCUGCGAAAAAGAAGAAGAUGAAACCGAUUGGUUAG